AUGCCAGUGAACCGUUCAUUAGCGAGGAAGCAGGUUUUGGGUGAUUCGGAGGACAAAGCGGUCAAUCAGGAAGUAUUUGUGAAGUCAACGUGCAAUCCAUCUUUGACGUCUUAUUUCAAUUACUGGGUGGCAAAGAAAAAGCGACUUUGGUCCGCUGGUCAAAAAGCUGUCGACACGGUUUCCGUGAAUGUUCCGCUAGUUGUGGGCACACAUAGGUCGGGAUGUAAUUUCGCCGGCAAGCUGUGCUCAUCUGAUUCGGUACACGGGGCAUUUCGAGAACGGUUUUUCGCAAUGCACAUUGUGCUUCGCUGUUCUUUCGUAUCCUAA